GAGGCUAGGGAUGUUCCGUUGAAUGAGGCUGAGUACCUGGUGAGGCCAAGUCUCCCCGGAGACGCCGCGAGUGUGGAUUAUGCAGCGAUUUGACGUAGGAUCAGCUGUUGCUGGGAGGCAGGUCCUCCGAGAACAGACCAGUGUCUGAGGCGGAGGGAGAAGAUGCAGUUGGAAUGAAUUCAGUCACCGCAACCCCCUGCCCCUUCCCAAAUUAAACCGAGAGAAAAACACACUUGAACGUCAGGCGCCGUGGUUUUGCUGAUCGCCUGCGUUGAAGAGUUGAGAAGCAGCAGACUGAGCUUGUUUCAUCCACCACAUUUCAACACUCACAAUGUGGCCCAAGCAAGAACGUGCAGAUGGAGGCUAUCCCAAUGGGAAGACACAGUCACAUUCUCAGUGCCGUGGGGAUCAGCCCUGUACAGAAAGCAGCAAGACCUGCCCACUUCUCUCCAUCUACAGGAGGCUGCUCUUCAGCUUUGCAAGGCUGCAGCACAGAGAGAAAACGUAAAAUGGAGCUUCUGUCUACUCCCCACAACAUCAAAAUCACCAACAUCACCUGCGACUCUUUCAAGAUCUGCUGGGAGACAGAUGCAAAGGACAGAGAGCGCAUCACACAUUACUUUGUGGACCUCAACAAGAAGGAAAACAAAGACUCCAACAAAUUCAAACAUAGGGACGUUCCCACCAAGCUGGUGGCCAAGGCUGUGGCUCUCCCAAUGACAGUGAGAGGACACUGGUUCCUCAGCCCCCGCACAGAGUACAGUGUCGCUGUCCAGAUUGCCAUCAAGCAGAGCGAUGGAGAAUACCUGGUGUCUGACUGGAGUGAAGUGGUGGAAUUCUGCACAGGAGAUUAUUCCACUGCCCACUUGAAGCAGCUUCUGGAGAAGGCAGAAGUAAUUGCAGGACGCAUGCUGAGGUUCUCCGUCUUCUAUCGGAACCACCAUGAGGAAUAUUUCGAAUACAUAAGGACGCACCACAACGGGGUGAUGCAGCCUUACCUGAAGGACAGCAGUGGCAGCCAUGGCUCUCCAGUCAACGGCAUGCUGCAUGGGAUCUUCUUCAGCUGCAACACCGAGUUCAACACGGGGGAGCCGCAGCUGGACUCCCCCUACGGCCGUAUGCGCUUCCAGGUGGAGGCCGAGCAGCUCUUCAACCCCAACACCAACCUGUAUUUCGCCGACUUCUACUGCAUGUACACCGCCUACCACUACGUCAUCCUGGUGCUGGCACCCAAGGGCUCUGCUGGUGACCUCUUCUGCCGGGAGAGGCUGCCACUGCUGGACAGUGCCCACAACCGCUUCCUGACCUGCACGGAGGGAGCCGACGGUCAGCUCAUCUACCACCACGCCCAGGACCUCAUCUUGGAACUGAUCUACACCCAGCCACUGAGCCUGGCCCUGGGAACCCUGGGCGAGAUUGGAGGCCACCAGCUCAUGAGUCUCUCCACCGCCAACGCCAAGAAGGACCCAAGCUGCAAGACCUGCAACAUCAGUGUCGGGCGUUAGAAGGGAGGUCGGGCAGGUGGAGGUGAGGUUGAGGGGGAGGGGUGCAGGUGGGGGUGUGGAUAUG